AUGGCCGGAGGAGGAAACGGCGAGGUGAAGCUGCUCGGGACGUGGUCGAGCCCGUUCGUCCUGCGAGUGCGGCUCGCGCUCAGCCUCAAGGGCGUGAGCUACGAAUACGUCGAGGAGGACCUCAAGAGCAAGAGCCAGCUGCUGCUCGAGUCCAACCCCGUCUACACCAAGGUGCCGGUGCUGAUCCACGACGGCAAGCCCGUCUGCGAGUCGCUGGUCAUCCUGCAGUACAUCGACGAGGCCUUCGCCGGCAUCGGCCCCUCUCUCCUCCCCGAGGAUCCCCAUGACCGCGCCGUUGCUCGCUUCUGGGCCGCUUACAUAGACGGCACGUUCCUCAAAGCGUCGGGCCAGGCGUCGAGCGGCAAGACGGAGGAGGAGAAGGCGGAGGGGAAGAAGCACGCGGCCGCCGCGGUGGAUAACCUGGAAGGUGCCCUCAAGGAGUGCUCCAAGGGGAAACCAUUCUUCGGCGGUGACAGUCCUGGGUACGUCGACGUCGUGCUCGGCGGCGUCCUGGUGUGGCUCCACGCGGGCGACGAGAUGAAGGGCGUCAAGACCUUCGACCCCGCCACGACUCCGCUCCUGGCCGUGUGGGCGGAGAGCUUCGACGCGCUGGACGCGGUUGAGGCCGUCAUGCCGGACGUCAGCAAGCUAGUUGAAUUUGCCAUGGCGUGGAUCGCUCAGGCCGCGGCCACUGCGGCAGCCGCCGCCGCAGCAACUAAGGGUGUGUUCGGUUCCAGAACCAAGUGGAAUGGAACGGAACCAUUCCGCGUCUAG